AUGGAGCCACUCUCGUUUGCCGAAGCUGCAAGACGUGUAGGCGUUAAACGCGACGUCUUCUUCCGCCGUGUACUCGUAUCAGAUGCUGACGUACAACAGCAGAUGCUUGCACGUAUCUCAGAUGAGCUACAGGACCUACUAGCACGUCAAGACGCGACACUCGUGACUGAUUUCUUCCCCACUGCACUGCGUCUCACGCUGGACGCGCCGUUUUCAGCGAUUCGAGAAACACUUGGACAGAUUGUGGACGUUGUCGAACAUAAAUUUCCUCAAGUUCAGGAACUUCGUGCUCGUCAGAAGCGUGUCUCUUACUUUUUUGCCAAUGGAGACACUCCAGAGGACAAUGCACUGGAGAGCGUCCGUCGUGUGGACGAUGAAACGUUGCAUUCGCUUUUCCAGGACUCGUUUCUACGCACAGGCCGUGUGACGCACUUGAUGCAGAUCUUGGCAUGGCAUCGUAGUUAUUUGGAGCUUUUUGACCGGAGUUUAGCAGCUACAAUGACACGGGAUGGUCCGUUACCACUACAUUGGAGAAGCUAUAUUGCUGUCAUGGGAGCCAGUGAGUUGAGAUGUCAUUAUCUUGCAGAUUUACAGCAAUACAACUUUGUGGUAAAUGGAGGAGAUGGCGAGUGGAUUAAAGGACUGGACUAUGUACCACCUAAGCUCUUUCGCCUACAUGAACUUAGCUCAUUGCUGGCUCAUAGACCGUGGAUGUUGACGGCAGACCAUGUCUCGGAGCUACUACGCUCGGAUCAGGACGACUCAUGGUCGGUUUCGGAACUUGUACAUGCCAUUAUUGUAUUGUGUCAAGCCCAUUCGAUGGCCAGCAUUGCAUUGGGUGUUGGGUGUGCUGAGGAAGUGGAUCUAGCGGUCUUUGGACAGUUUGGAUAUGCACUGGAAGCCGAGUCGGCUACGUUGGAUGGUGUGGAUAACCAGGAAGGAAUCGAUGCCAGCAGCUGCAGUAGCGUGGACCUGUCAACCAUUGACCGCGACGACGACAUGCUGCUGACACAGCUGAAGAAGAACAGCGGUCUGGACAGCGAUACAGCGGAUGAAGAGGAAGAGACUGCAGAACAACAGCAAAAUAGAGAAGAUGAUGUGGAUUACGAGGAAGAAGAUCGAGUUGUUGAUGGUUUUGAAGUGGUCGUUGAUGAGGCAGAUGACGGAGUGAAUGCGACAACGCCUAGUAGAAGAAUUGACACACUCUGGCGCUUUUGUGGUGGAAGCGUCAUCCGCUAUGCUGACUUUGAUGUACAAUCUGAGAAGUACGAGGUGUUACACACGGAGGACUUUAGUUGGGACGAACACUGUUUUUCUCUUGUGAAGCGCUACUUUCCAGGCGAAGCUGGCCAGAUCCUCGAGGAUCUGUUUAACUUGACAAGCAAGUUGACAUACGAUUACUUUGGCGUGCAGAAGGAAGAGUUUGUGGACACUAGCCCGUACCGUGAUGCUGUGUGGUACUACGUACACCGUAUCUUUGGUAUUUGCCACGAUGACUACGACUACCGCCAGGUGAACACAUACUUGAACCGACCGACCAAGAUCUUUCUUAAGAAGGUUGCCUGUACGCCCUGGAAAGUACGCGAGGAAGAUUUCGCGCACUUCGACCGAACACUCAGUCCUUCGGAGAAAUGCCAUGUCAUCCUACUUGUUGCCGAGGCACGCAAGCAGGCUGGACUCAUGUAUGGCCUGCGCGCCGUGAUGAAUCACAUGCGUUGA